UAACAGCCGAUAAACCUAGUUUAUCGACUGUGAAACUAUGUUUUGCUAAUUUAUGUGAAUUUGGCGCGCUUUAGAUUUGUAAACCGUAGUUUACUGAUCAUAGAACCCUAUUUAUCAGAUAAACUAUGUUUAACAACCGCAAAUGAUUGUUUUCAGUGUUAUCUAUAGUUUACAGAUGCGAAACAUAGAUUAUCGCGUUAACUAUAGUUUACAGAUGUGAAAUAUAGAUUAACGUCGGUAACUAUUGUUUACGAUUCUUAAACUAUGGUUAACAGUCGAUAAACCUUGUUUAUCGACAGUGAAACUAUGUUUAGCUCAUUUUUGUGAAUUUGGCGUGCCAUAGUUAUUAGUAUUGAUAUUAUUGAUGUUCAAUAAAAACAAAUUAAAAUAUUUAUAUUAACCCAUACUUGAUUAUUGCCAUACAUUAUUGCAUCAAAGGUUAUAGGGAUUAGUUUAAAGUUUAAGUUUUGAAACUGGGUGAUUUUGUUAUUUUUAUUGCAUUAGAUAUGAAAAACUUUUUAUCAACAAUUCAAAAAUAAAUAUUAAACAGAUGUUUCAUAAAAAUACAUGAGUUAGGUCCAAGAGGGAUUGUGAUGAGGUAUCAAGUCAAUCACCUGAAGAUCUCUUGCCCUGGUGAUUUCUACCUGUCACCUUUCUAUUGACAACUAUCCAGAACAGUGUAAUGUCGUAUUUAUAAGUAAUCAACUAAAGUGAUGAAACUGGUGAGCAGUGUAUUUUCAAGAGACCAAUAAACCUUGGCUUAAUAAUGACAGAUCGUAUUUGUAGUACUGUAAAUACUAUAGAGUGAUGACAAUUAAUUGUUAAGCAGCCUUGUGUUGGCAUCAAUAGCCUGGAGCUGUCUCCAGCACUACAAAUUGUGAGGGGAAGUAUCUGGUACGUAUGAAAAACUUUGGGAGUUUGCAAUCCGUCCUAUUGAUUUACCAUCAACAUAAUGUAUACCAGUGCCCUAGCUCAGGAAAAAAUCAAUAUACAACCUGUUAAUGAACUAUUGAAUUUGUUUGGAAGUCAAGAUUACAUUUAACUUUAAAUAUUGAACACGUAUCUUUCUUUCUCAUCACACAGCAACUUCAGAGAUAUUGAAAGUAUAAUUAAAGAGUUACAUGUCUCAUUUAUUGAAGUUGGUAAUGAGUGUCUGUUCUUUGAUCAGAAUAAAAUAAAUUGUCUCAGCUUUGAAGAAAUAGCUGUAAUUCUUCAUAUCUAUUUUGUUACAUGGGUUUUUUUUUGUUAUUUGAUUAUUACAAAUUUUCCCAGUUUCUACCCAUCAAUUUCAUAAUGACAGAUAAAGGACUACUUUACAUACACUAAUAAAAAUACUUGUUUACUUUGUUCAAACUUGUCCAUCAUGUGAUUCCAUGUUCAUCCUUACAGUUAAUUUAACCCGACUACUUUUGAUCAGAUUUUUUUUUUCAGUUCAGGCAUGUGUUAACUGAUAUUAAUCUGACUGAAAACUUUUUGUUGCCAUGGAGAUAACAGGUGCAUUGGAAACCUGGCUGACACUAGAUCUUUACAGAAUGUAGACAUACCAUUUUUAGCUGAAUGUUUAUACUGCUUUGAAGUCUAUCAUUGUCUAGAAAUGGGUGAAGGUUUUGAUUUGUCAUUGUGUGGAAAGUAUAAUCUCUUUUUGUUUGGUUGACAAUACUUGAGCCACAGAAACUUGCAAAAGUUUUCCAGACAAAAAUCAAUAGAUCAGAUCUCCAUAACUACCCAGGCUUUACAAGCAUCCUCGGAAACAGUGGUGUGUCUUCAGAAAAAAAAAAUCAAUAUUUUGGUGUACUUUCAAACUUCCAUGUUUAUCAGAUAUGGCUAUAUCUUAUUAUUGUUUUUAGUGAAUUACUUAUGAGACUUUCCAAGUUGUAUAAUGCUACCCAUGGGUGUGAUAUAAUACAGCAGCUUAUAACACACAUUUCCUAUAAUUAAUCGCACACAUCAACUGUUGUUUGGAAAUGGGUUUAACAAGUCUGUACAAUUGAUGCUUUUUAGGAAGUAUGAAAGUUUGUAAGGUUUACUUGUAUUUGUUACUUAUAUGCUACUGGUUGAAUAGCAGUCAGCUGCUAGGGGUGUUCAAUAAUUCACAGUAGUUGAUAAUAGGAGCUCAUUAUAAAUCCAAACAAGAACACGGGAGUGGACCAAUCAGAUGGCAGCAGAACAAAGGACAAAGGCCAAAUAGGGAAUUAUGCUGUCAGUUGCCUGCAUAAUGAGACAGAUGGCAAGCAUUAUCAUAAAGCAGUUCUCUUUGAAACUCGGGAAGAACUAACUAAGCAAACUUUAACACAACUGCAGUAAAAGUGAAAUAGGGAAAAUAUUUUGGGUAUCUCUGAAAGAAAUGACAAUGUAGGAUCAUGUUAUAUGAAGACCUAUGAUGUUUUGGAGAGUUAACAAAGUUUUUUAGGGUGUGCUUCUAAGAAAAUCAACAAGAUAAAGAAAACACAACUGAUGAGAAAACUGGCACCAGUUCAAACAUCCAAACAGAUGUCAACAUGACUCAGAUAACUGGAAUAGAAGAGCAGGUAGGAGGUCAAAAAAGGAAGACAGAAAAUGACACAGUAGAUGGCACCCCAGCAAAGAUACUAAAAGUAGAAGACAGUGGUUCCCAGAAAAAUGAGGAAGUGGACAAUAAAGCAGAGAUCAAAAUAAAAACUGAGGACGAUGAAACUUGUGUGUAUUCUGUGGUACUGAAGAAUGCAGAUGCUGAAGGGGUGGGGUCAGCCACUGGGGCCAACCAAGACACAGAGGUCAAAGUGGAGGUCAAGGACGAAGAGGAGGAAGAUGAUGACUUCCAGGUGGUGGCUGAGUGGAAGACAUCUGAUGGAGGACAGGAGGAGGAGGAGCCAUCCAGUGAUUCACAGAAAUCGGAUGAAAACCUGGCUAAUGCAGACAUGAAAUGUCCAACGCCUGGCUGUGAUGGAUCCGGUCACAUAACUGGACUCUAUUCCCACCACAGAAGUUUGUCGGGGUGUCCAAAGAAAAGCACUGUUCCACCAGAAAUAUUAGCCAUGCAUGAAAAUUUAGCAAGGUGCCCUACCCCUGGCUGUACAGGACGGGGUCAUGUCAAUGCCAACAGAACCACUCAUAGAAGUUUAUCUGGGUGCCCAAUAGCAGCUAUGGGAAAAUUAGUGCAAACAACACAACAAACUGCAAAAAAAUCAGGUCUCCACCUAGUUUUACUCCCCAAAGAUGACGAUCCCUCCAAAGCUGUUUUAGCUGCAUGCAAUGAAAAAGAGCUCAUCCGAUUGGCUGCCCAGAAGUGCAGCACCUCCACAGGGAAUGAUUCUGACCGAGUUUUACGGCCCAUGAUUCUGACUAAACAGCUGGAGCUGGGCACGGAUUUAUCCUCUCUGGUGUCUCAACAGACCCCACGAAGUAAUCUGGCCAAAGAGUUGGAAAAGUACAACCAGUUGGACACAGCCAGUGUCACUGUACUAAAGAAGGAGGAGCGGGAACCAGCACUGCAGCCCGUAGCAGCAGCUCCUGUCGUCAAGGUGCCCAAGCGAGAACCAGUCAGGCCCAGUAUCUUGAGGCGACCAGGUGCAAAGAAAGCCGACUCUAAACCGUCCACCCCAGAUGAAGGAAGCUCCUCUGUAUCAAACUUACUGAAUCGUAAGGGCUCCAAACAGCUGAGUUUUACCAGAUUUGGGGACUUAAGUGCUGAAAGUUCCAGAGAUAGUGAAGAUGUUGAAUCAGUUAGUUCUGACACAGAUGGGAAAAUUUCAUCUAACUGCCCCUAUCCCGGUUGUGAUGGAUCUGGUCAUGUGACUGGUAAUUACUCCUCCCACCGCAGUCUCUCUGGUUGCCCAAUGGCUGAUAGAGCCACUGUGCAAGCCAAUCAGGUUGAAAUGAAAUGCCCAACACCAGGCUGCGAUGGUUCAGGUCAUGUGACAGGAAACUAUGCAUCACACAGAAGCUUGUCGGGAUGUCCAAGAGCAGCAAAGCUGAAACGAGUAAUCGGGAGGGAAAGCGGGAUGGAAGAAGAAACUUUACGCUGUCCUAUACCUGGAUGUGAUGGGACAGGUCAUGUAACGGGGAAAUACCUGUCUCAUCGCAGUGCAUCAGGAUGCCCUCUUGCCAACAAACAUAAGAUACAACGACAGCUUCUUGCCAGCUUGGAUGGACAGGAUCCAGACCUCGCAAAGUCGCUCAAACUUGAUGGAGUAGUAUGCCCAACCCCUGGUUGUGAUGGGUCAGGUCACUCCAAUGGAAGCUUCCUGUCCCACAGGAGUCUCUCUGGAUGUCCUCGGGCAACAUCUGCUAUGAAGAAGGCUAAACUCAGCCCAGCAGAACUGACAAAUAUUCACUAUAAACUCCAGAAUGGAGAAGAUUUAGAGAACGAUGAGGAAUUGCAACAAAUAGAUAAUGACAUUCAGGAACUUAAAACACAAAACACUGACCUGGAAUCGGAGAUGAUCAAGAUGCGCUCAGAAGUGUCCUCCUUGGAAAACCAUGUCCUGCAGCAAGAGAAGGAGAACAAUGAGACAGAGGAACAGAACAAACGUCUGGAGGACUACCUAAGUGUCCUCAAAAAGGAGUCCAUCGCCCUCCUCGGCAAGCUCAACAUACCUCACUUUAAUCCAGCAUUGGUCACCGACGAAAACCUUGAGGCCUGCAUAAAGCAGAUCCAAAACUUGUGCUCAAGUCCAAGUGACAGUGGGGGAGGGACUAACUACUAUAACGCUGUCAGUAUAGGCGCCUCGGAAAUCCAAGUGGCGUGAUCUCAUAACCUUCAUGUUACAGGCCUCAAAUGUCAAAAAGUGCAAUUUUAGUUUGGUAUGUGUACUGUUCUUUUACUGUAAUUUAUGUUUAUCCUGUUUGUGUGUAGAUGGUACAAAUAUUUCCAGGUACCAAUAUAUUAUUUAUUGAUGAUAUAUGUUGACUCUUAUUUGAUAUUGGUAAAUUAUUGAUUUUUAAACUUUUUAGCAUUAUUUAUUACAUUUUAGAGUGUUGUAUUUACAGGUCUUUACAUGUAUUGUAUCUGCUUUAACUCGCCACAUUAAUCCAUGAAUUCACAUUCCAUUUUGUUUUUUAUAUUUAUUUGAGUCAAAUAUUACAAGGUGCAAUACAUUGCUUUUGUGUCAGAACAGUAAUUCCUAGCAUAAACAAAGUUUGCUUUCUGCCAUUCAUCUUUUUGUUUAAAUAUUAUUCUUAUAGGUGCUAUUUAUACACUUUUUAUUUACAAUUUAUAGAAUUAUAAUCACCAUUGUUUUUUAAGUCACUACAUUCCGUAUCCAGUGUAACUGUAUUCUGCCAAUGCUAUUUUACAACGUAUGAGUCAUCAUUCCACUAGCGGUGCUGUCUCGUCUUUUGUUAACAGAUGGAGAUGACACAGCUGCUCAAAUAUUUAAUCUAGGUUUUGUCUGAUUUUUGAGAUCUUAAUUUAUUGUGAUUUUUUUUCUCUCACAUAUUUUCCUCCAUAUUUUGCAAGUCUCUCAGGAACAAGAGCUCAGUGAAAGAAGGAAGACAACAGUUACAUACAAAAAGUUCAAUAUGCAGAUGAAUUUCAGAAUUAAUGAAUGUGGGGUUCAAAGAGUUAAUGAUGGAUGUGUAAUGUCAAUGUUUGAAUUUGUUUUCAAACUGGUUUAUUACAUUGUACCACAGUCAUGGAAUAAGUUACAUUUCUCAAGAUCCAUAGAUACAUUUUCAACUGCCAAAAGCUUGAUACAUGUACUCUUUUGUCUGGCAUUCAUAUUGAAUCCCAUCCAUUUUAUAUUUUGUGUACCUUGUGCAAUAUUUUAAUAAAAUGUAUAAUAUAU